AUGAAAGUGCCCUUUACUCAGAACCAGCAACAAUCAUCAUACAGCAACUCAUCAAAGCACUCCAAUCUUCUCAACCUUAGCAGCAGCAACAGCAUCAACACCCCAAGUUUCCUGCAGGGAUACGAGCCCAAAUCAGUUCUCGAGCUCCGUCAAAGCCCCGAUCAGAAACCCGCCUCCAAUAACUCCGACAACAUUUCCGGCGUUUGGGACGACAAUACCACCACCACCCUCCAGCUGGAAGAUCAUGUGCUGAUCAAUCAACUAGAAGACUUCGAUUUCGAGCCUUGGAUGAGAGAAUUGGGUUUGCAUGAAGAUUCCACCCCUACUUCCAAACCUAAUAAUACCACUACUAGUACUAAUAUCAUCGGUACCUUUUCGCAAUUCGAUUCUCAAACUCAAUUCCAAAUCGGUAAUACCAAUAAUAGCCUUCCUGAUUUCCCGCCGGCUCACUCCUUCGAUUCCUCCACUCAGUUCGUUCCUCCUGAGUUCCCACUUGCGGAUAUCCCGGCCUACCCAACUUUGACCACCAAUUCCACAUCAUUUGACCAAAUCUCCCCUGAUAUUCAACCCAACUGGAAUCUGGGUUUUGAUUACGUGGAUGAACUCAUCCGCCUUGCUGAGUGCUUCGAAACCAACUCCCUCCACCUCACCCACGUGCUUCUCGGCCGUCUCAACCACCGUCUCCGGUCACCGUCCGGGAAGCCGCUCCAGCGAGCUGCGUUUUACUUCAAGGAAGCUCUCCAGACGCUGCUGACUGGAUCAACUCGGCCCACUCGAUCUUCUACUUCCUCUGAGGUAAUCCAGACUAUUAAAGCCCACAAAUCCUUCUCCAAUAUUUCCCCCAUCCCUAUGUUCUCCAGCUUCACGGCUAACCAAGCCGUCCUCGAAGCCCUUGACAGCUCCGCGCUGAUCCACGUCAUCGACUUCGACAUCGGCUUGGGAGGACACUGGGCUUCUUUCCUCAAGGAAUUAGCCGACAAAGCCGAUUCCCGGAAAAUGGGGGCGCCGGUUCUCAGAUUAACCGCCGUGGUGACGGAGGAGUAUGCCAUGGAGUCUAAACUGAUCAGGGAGAAUUUGCUUCAGUUUGCGCGGGAGCUGAAUAUCGGGUUCACCAUAGACUUCGUUUUGAUGCGGACUUUUGAAUUCCUGUCAUUCAAAUCUAUCAAGUUCAUGGAGGAUGAAAAGAUUGCCAUUCUUUUAUCUCCGGCCAUAUUCCGCCGAGUCGGCACCGGGUUCUUGAAUGAUCUCCGCAGGGUUUCGCCGCACGUGGUGGUGCAUUUGGAUUGCGAGGGGCUUACCGGUUUCGGAACGACCACUUUCCGGCAGACUCUGAUAGACGGGUUGGAGUUUUAUUCAACCCUUCUGGAAUCCCUGGAGGCAGCAAACGGCGGGAGCGGAAGUGAAGAUUGGAUGAAGAAAAUCGAGACGUUUGUUAUAUAUCCAAAGAUAUUGGAGGUGGUGGGGGUGGCGGGCCGCCGUGGAACGCCGUGGAGGGAGGCGUUCGCGGCGGCAGGGUUGAGGCCGGUGGCAUUGAGUCAAUUUGCUGACUUCCAGGCGGAAUGCCUGAUAGGGAGAAUACAAGUGAGGGGAUUCCACGUGGCAAGGAGACAGGCUGAGAUGCUGCUUUGCUGGCAUGAGAGGCCCCUCGUUGCCACAUCAGCAUGGCGGUAUUAA